CCUUGAACCAUUGUUAGAACGAACGUCGGGCUCUUGUAUUCAUAUCCCAGAUAGAACGGCGUAUCGCAGGAGGAUUUGUAAUGUGCCAUACCUCCCUUUCUUCAGCCUCAUUCUCCAAUACCUGAUGACCAUCAUUCCGCAUCAGAACCCUCGGCACGUUUAUACCCAGGAAAGUCUAUCUCGCGCGUCCAUGUGCGACGAUUUUGACAAAUAUACCUCCUCUGAACACGCGACCUCAGCUUGCUUCUAACGCCGACAUAAAAAAGCAUAUGGCUCGCUGAGCUCUUUCUCGAUCAAACCACGAUGAUGUCCCUGGUCGGGCUCAUAUCUCUGCUGUCAUUGGUGUCAGCGCAGACAUGGUGCAACAAGAACUACAUGAGCACCGAGCCCAUCGUGCCUCCAGUACCUGAGAGGUUCUCCACACCCCUGUUUGCUCUACGAUGUGGGCCUGCUCUUCGACCGUACUUGCCAGAAGACCAAGACGGUAUUGUUGACGACCCAACCGCCGUAUCCAUCCUCGUCGAUACACCCAUUACGUACUCCCUUAUUGUCGGCGCGUCACCCAUCACUAGCACUCUCGGUGCUACUCUGAAAGUUACUGUGUCUGCUGAAGGGAAGACCCUGGCUAGUGGAAGAGUUCCCUUCAAUGCGGCGAAACACGCUCUUCCAUUAUCCCUGUCUGCCUUGACUCCAAGAACUGAGGUGUACAACAUAUCCUGUACUGCAGAGACAGAAGUCGGGGAGCAAUUCGCGACAACAGCGUUGCUGAGCUAUCUACCUGCGCCUCCAGAUGACAUUGGUUCUGUUACCAAGAUGGACACGCGCACCGGCGGUCUACUUGCCCGACCAGCGCACCAAGACGGGGCGUACGAAAGGGUCUUUCCUAUUGGUUUCUACACCCAGUUUGACUCAUUCCUGGCUGUCAACUUGUCGGCCAUUGGAACGCUGAAGGAGCAAGGAUUCAACAUUAUUCAUCCGGUGCCGACAUUUUCAAACCUGACGGCACUCGAUGAAGUAUUAGAUGAAAUGGAGCGAGUAGGCAUCUAUCUCAUGUACGACAUGCGAGCUGCAUCCGUGACGGAGCAAAUCAACCGUAUCAAGUCACGCUCCAAUCUUCUUUUAUGGUACACCGCCGACGAACCAGAUGGCACCUCCGACCCCCUCAACGCAACCCUUCUCGCUUCAAACCUCAUCACCUCGCUCGACGGCGGAGAUGGACAAGGAGGGUCAGGCUACCACCCUGUAUCCCUCGUAUUGAACUGCGAGAAUUACGAGUUUACAGCUUACGCGAGCGGGGCAGAUAUCGUCAUGCAGGAUACAUACAUGAUCGGGAAUAACGUCACAUUUUCGAGCGAAUGGGGCACCGUGUGCACGCGUGACUAUGGGGAUUGUGGAUGUGAUAAUUGCAAAGGCUCUUUUAAGGACAUAUCGACGAGAGAAGAUGAGUUUCGGGAGAGGAUAUUUGUCAAUGGCUGGGAGCUAAAUAAGGUGGUCUGGGCGGUCCCGCAAGCAUUUGGGAAUGAGUCCUACUGGAAGAGAUUCCCUACUGGGAAGGAGUUUAUUGUUCAGAGUAUCGUUGGGAUCAACCAUGGAGCUCUGGGCGUCGUAUCAUGGGAUGACCCCACAUCUGCCGAUAUCAAAGCCUCCGCCUCAGCUCUAGCACUUUCCAUUCCGACCAUUACUUCAUUCAUUCUUGAUCCCAACGUAAAUUUCCAGCAAGUGACGACUUCCGACUCGAUCGACGUAGGUUUGUGGACGGUAGGAAACAAGACAUUAGUUUUGGCAACGAAUUUGGACUACGAAGAAAAGGUCCUUUUCUUGGCACAGGUUGGUAUAGCUGAAGAGGUCGCAGAGAAAGUAUUCGAUAGUGGCGCCCAAGUAUAUAUCGGUGGGUUCAGCGUUAUUUUGGAAUCUGUUGGCUCAGCUGGUUUUAUUGUACCGAGUAAAUAGUAAUAUUCACCGGUCCGUAUAUCUCCAAACUACCCUUCAUGUUGCUAUGACUGUCAUUACUUCUCACAAUGAGCCAUCGAGGUCGGUAGAAGUAGUUUACUUCUAUUUACCUGACCUGUAUCAGCGGUGAUAGCCAAUCAAUUCCUG